GUUUUGGCGCUGCAUAUGGCACGGCAAAGUCAGGUGUAGGUUUAUCAGCAAUGGGUAUAUUGCGUCCUGAUUUAAUUAUGAAGUCCAUAGUACCAAUUGUUAUGGCGGGUAUUAUCGGUAUUUAUGGAUUAGUCGUGGCUGUUUUGAUUUCUGAUGGUCGCUUAAGCGUCGGUCUCGCAGGGCUCGCUGCCGGAUUUGCAAUUGGAGUUGUAGGCGAUGCCGGUGUACGUGCUACUGCACAACAACCACGAUUAUAUGUUGGAAUGAUUUUAAUUCUCAUUUUCGCUGAAGUAUUGGGUCUUUAUGGAUUAAUUGUUGGAUUGAUCUUGAAUACCAAGUCUAGUG